AUGACUUUAAAACUUAUUACAGUUAAUGAUGUUAAAAUUACUUUGCAACCUGGUGAACACGUAUUUGGAAGGAAAAAGUUUUUUGAUGCUGACGAUAGACGUGUACACCGGGAACAUGGGCAACUACAAGUCAAUACGGAAACGAUUGUUUUGAAAUCGUUACACAAAAAUCCUUGUUAUUUUAAAAAGUAUGGCUCUACAGAAUGUGAAAUAUUAAAACAGGAUAACUCAGUCACUUUAAGAAAUGGUGACAAAUUCGGGCUGAUACCAGAAAUGGAUAAGUUAUGGUACGAAGUUAUGUAUAUACCUGAUACAGAAGACAAGGAAAGGAAAAACUUAGAGAAAGAAAACAACAACAAAGUUCGAAAUUCAAUACCACAAGAAGAAAAUGCAGAAAUAAAUAAUGAAACAAACACAAAUAAUGAUACUACAGCUAAAAACAAUGAUACAACUUUAUGUAACAAUACAACUGAAAACCAACAAGCACAUACCACUAGUGAUAAGUUACUAUCAAUCCUGAAUGAAGAUGAAACAUCGUCAAGUACAAUACCGGAAUGUCAAAAUGAGAAUGAAUCUAGGGAAAAUAACUCAAGCCCACAGAUGAAAAGAUCUCAUAGUGAUGAAAAUGGUAGCGAAGUUGACCUUAAGAAGGCAAAAAUUGAGGAGCAAUUAGAUGAUACAAAACAAAGCACUAGUGAUCAAGCAAGUACAUCAAAUAAUGGUGUGGACAGAAAACCACCAAAUCCACUUCGAGAGAGAUGUAUGUAUGGUGCCAAUUGUUACAGAAAGAACCCGAGCCACAUGGCGCAGUUCAGCCACCCGCGCGACGCGGACUGGGGCGCGGGCGCGCGCGGUCUCUGCCCCUACGGCGCGGCGUGCGCCAAGCGCGACCCGCGGCACUGGCGCGACCACGACCACCCGCCCGGCGCCGCGCCCCCCGCGCCGGGGCAGCCGCGAGAUAGUAAAAUAGUGGAGAGACACGGCAAUGUGUUCAUUAUAAACGCACACACGGUCAACUUCUUCGACGAUCACUUUCAAGUUACCGAUAGCGAAGGAGACAGUCGAAGGAAAAGAAAUAAGGCAGAUUCACUGCAAAACAUGAUUGUUAUUGGGAAGAGACCACGGAAGCCUCUACAAAGAGAUGUUCUAAGUGAUUCAGAUGCUGAAGAAGACCCUUAUGCUACUGAUGAGUCUGAUGAGUGGCAACCUGACAGUGGGAGUCAAGACUUUUCAGAAGAUUACUUC